AGUUGACGUCACGCCGCAAUGCAUUGUGGGAGCGCGGCGCCAUUUUCGGGCUCUACGAAUAAAAAGAGACACUGUGUUGGAACGAAGACGACAAGAAUCAUGCUUAAAAGCAGCUCCAAAGAAAACGGACGGUAUAGAGACCGAUUGCGUCCAGAGGCGAAGCAGCGGUACUUGAAAAAAAUAGAGUGCAACGCAAAUCUGGACCCAUAUGAAAUACGGCAGUGGAGUAAAGACCCAGACGACUUACCGCCACUGUCCUACCCAGAUAUCUUCACCUAUCUUGUUUGUGGAGUAAGCGCCUACACAGCGAACCAGUUUCGUAAUUACAAGUCACUGGAGGCGCACAUACAAUUUACAAACGGCUGGGUGCAAGAUUUGGCUAUUUUCAAGCCGCCAAACUGCGAGUACGUCGUGAUUCAUACCAAGGUACUGCACUCCCAAAGAUUGAAUGAACCUGCAUUACGGCCAUGGGUAAUUGUAAGCACCACGGGGAAGGUCGAAGCCGCACACUGCACCUGUAUGGCCGGAGUUGCAGAGACCUGCACCCAUGUCGCUGCACUGCUGUUUAAAGUGGAGGCAACAGUGAGGAUCCGUGGCACAAAGACUGUCACAGAUGAAUCAGCCUACUGGGUUUUGCCGGGGAACACAACCAAGAUACUGCCAGCGGCUGGCCAUAACAUUGACUAUACAUCUUCAGCAGCACAAAAAAAGACUCUUGAUGAAAAUAUAAACAGACCGUCUGUGGUGAAAGGCAGAAGAAGCCGUCCUUCAAAAAGAAAGAUUCCUUCUUCUACGUUUGAGGAGUUGUCACCAGUGUUAGACACACUUCAAAAACACAAUAAAGCAGUGUGUUUGUCUGGAUUGGAGAAAUACUACACAUCACACACUGUCAAGUCAUCCACAUUACCACUGUCUCUGGCGUGUUUGCAAAACACAGGAGCAGAGUCCCUUGGCCUUACCGAGCUACAACUGCACUGUGUAAAGUACGAAAACGCAGCAAAAGUUACUGAAGAACAGGCAGAAGCUAUUGAGGUACACACAAGACUACAACACAAGAACCCAGAAUGGUAUGUUUGGCGUGCUGGGAGAAUCACGGCUUCAAUGAUGCACGCUGUGUGUGCCACCACUGUAGAAAAACCCGCCAUUACUGUGGAAUACCCGCCUACACCCAGAAAAUGUCAGCGUGUCACAAAAACCUACAGGUCCGUAUGUGUGGUUUUCUUGUUAACACGGCUUUUCCUGAAGUAG